GCCACCGCCGCCGGACCCGUCGCAGAGAGAAGCGCGCGACAGCGACGUCGGACGCCAUGGUGCAGCGCCUGACGUACCGGAAGCGCCACAGCUACGCGACCAAGUCCAACCAGACCAGGGUCGUCAAGACCCCAGGAGGGAAGCUCGUGUACCAGUACACCAAGAAGAGGGCCAGCGGGCCGAAAUGCCCGGUCACCGGCAAGAAGAUCCAGGGGAUUCCUCACCUUAGGCCCACUGAGUACAAAAGAUCCAGAUUAUCCAGGAACAGGAGAACUGUGAAUCGUCCUUAUGGUGGUGUUUUAUCUGGUCCAGCUGUUAGGGAGAGGAUCAUCCGCGCUUUCCUUGUUGAAGAGCAAAAGAUCGUGAAGAAGGUUCUGAAGAUCCAGAAGACCAAGGAGAAGCAACCAUCGAAGUGAAAUGGCUGAGGCCCUUUAUACUCAUGAGAUUUUUUGGAGGACACUUGGUGACAAGUGCUGAGUCAAGCCUGCUCAGUAUGCUAAGCUGGUGGUUUUCUGAAUUAAACAAGAUUUCAGUCCAUUUUCUUGUUUUGAUGGUGGAUCUGGAUAUUGUUACCCAAUGCUAUUACUUUGUGUUUGACCUGAGUACUUGGUUUAUACAUCACGGUUUUAGGAUAUCUUUGCAUUAUUGUCACGGUGUUGUUGUGAAAUGUUAUGUGUCGUUGCCUUGU